UGCUGCGGCCUCUCAUCUUCUCCUUCGGACAGGUCACUGAAUCCAACUGAGGAAAAUGGCACCAAAACCGGAGACCCAGGCCUCGCCCUCCUCCGCCUCAGAUCCGCUGUCAUCCGCCGCCGGAGCAGCCGGCUUAAUCGACCCCGUCUUCCACAUCCUCAGUAUCCUCCCCUACAGCUUCCUCCGCCCGCCCCGCCUCCGCCUCAAGCUCCCAACCCUAACCCUCCCUUCCCCCAUGACCGUCUACGCCCUCAUCCUCCUCACCUACUUCAUGGUCGUCUCCGGAAUCGUCUACGACGUCAUCGUCGAGCCCCCGGGGAUCGGGUCCUCCCAGGAUCCCGUCACAGGAUCCGUCCGCCCGGUCGUGUUCCUGCCCGGCAGAGUCAACGGGCAGUACAUCAUUGAAGGUCUCUCGUCCGGGUUCAUGUUUGUAAUCGGUGGGAUAGGAAUCGUCUUUAUGGAUAUGGCUCUGGACAAGAACCGGGCAAAGAGUGUGAAGUCCUCAUAUGCUACUGCUGGGGUUCUUUCUGUUGUUCUUGCUUAUGUGAUGAUUAUGCUCUUCCUUCGCAUCAAAAUCCCAGCAUAUCUUAGGUGAUUAGAAUCAGCUAUUAUUGGUAAUAUGCUCCUUUUCUGGGUUUUCAUUUUGUCCUCGGCGAACAAUUUUGGAUGAGACAAGUGAUUAUAUAGAUGUGCUCCCCCCCUGCUUGGUUUGACAGAACAUACUGGACGGGGUUGUGUGCUUUUACUAUCUUCAGAUUAUGGUCAGUAGUAUUAAAUGGACUGGUUUGAAGUAUGCCCAAAUGCAAUAUCAAUUUCCGACUGUGACAUGUUUUUGUUGCUUUAAUGCUGCAGGGUCAGAUUUUUGUUUCUGCCAA